AUGGACGAAUACAAGCACACAUUGCCCAGUGUGUUCAGGCAGAUUUUGCUACUGUACAAGGAUGCUCCCACAUGCAACAGUUGGGUCUUGGAGAAGUUGAUGGAGGUCUUCUGUAAAGAUGUUGCACCUAACCUGGAGCUUGUGAGAGCUGUAGACUUCAAGUCAUUUCUCGACGGUUUCCUCGAAGCUGAUGGUGGUAUGAUCAUGUACCCUGACUUUGUUAUGAACAAUGUUUCGCUGAUGGCAGCUGAAGUGCUCUCUGCUCAUCAGGACUGCAGUUUCCUGGAGAAAUCUGCCUUUUCUGUCAUUAGGAGUCCUUUACAGUACUGGAUGGUUAGCAGAGGCCACAGAGUAGAUGUGACAUUUCAAAUUUACAAGAGAUGGCUACAGCAAAGAUCCUCACUGCAUUUACUGAAUGCUGUUCAGUUUGAUGUUUCACAAGCACUCAUCUACUGCUUGGCAAGUCCACAUAACUAUACAAGACAGUCGGCAGGAGAAUAUUUCAUUGAGCUUCUCAAGUUGUCACACGAUGAUUCCCAAGAUGAAACAGAGAAUGAAAUCGUGACUAAUAUGAAGUCAAUGUUAAAGCCAGCAAUCUUUGAGCUAAUCCAAGAGUUCAAUUCUGAAUUCCUGAAGCAUGCAGAGGCAGCUCAAUCUGUCUCAAGUAGUGUUGACAAGCUGGUUCCAUCAGAACAACUCUCUGACUUUCACAUCACAACUGCUGCCAAUCACUGCAGACUUCUGAGCCGGUGUACUGCAGCUUCUGAAGUUUUCUGUAGAAAAUGUGCUGAAGCAGAGAUGUUUGAUGAGCUGGCUGCCUUGUUGAAGCUUCUAGUUUUUGAUAAUCGCAUAGAAACAGUUGACCUUCUCAGACCCGGUAUAGCAAUGCUGAUCAGGCUGAUUAAAAGCAAGCAGGAGGUGAAAGUUGAAACGCUGAUUAAAUUUUUACUUGAUGUUUGUGCGGCCAACAACCCCCUGCUAAUGUGUGAUGCUGUCUACAUGGCAAGGUUAAUACUCACUCAGUGUGAAGUUGAAGCCAAGGACCAGACUUUGUUGCUAGAGAUUUCCCUCUUGCCACUUUUCAUCAUGUUUGAUGUGAGCCCACAGUCGGUUCUCAGCACCUGCUCGGCAGCUGUAACACUCACAAAAUCUUUAUUGAAAGUGAAGCAGACAUUGAAACCUUCUAGUCUACUGAAGGUGGCAGUUGACAAUCUGUCUUGUGUGGCUCAUGUUCAGACUGGUUAUAAUGCUUUCAUUGAUUACCUGGAGCUGAAAAGAACAGAUGUCCCUAGUGAAGUUGGUUUACCUAUGCUGAAAGAAGGAAACAUACAAAAUGACACUUUUCUGAACUUCCUUGUUCUCAAGUUAACAGACAUUAACCUGGCAGUUAAAAACACGCAAACUGGCAAUCUAUUAAAUAACAUUCAGUCAUAUACACUGGCUUGUUUAAAGUUUCCAGGUAUUUCUUGUGGGCAACUGUCUGCAGUCUUGAAUUGCUAUCUGAUGAUACUAAAUUAUGUCGAGAAUGCUGACCAGCUCAAGAACCGUGCUCAUUCAGGACAAUUGAUGCAUGUGGGAUUCUGUUGUAAUAGGGACAUCCUUCAGGAUGUACUUCAUAGACUCCAGUUUAAGAUGUUCGACCGGGACCCAAAUGUUAGAGAGAUGGCUGUGAGAAUUGCUGGAGAUUUGUAUUUCGCUG